AUGGUUUUGUCUGCAAUAUCCCAGAUGUCCUCGCAGAUAUCGUCGCAAUUGUUGUCGCAGUUGUCGUCGCAGAUGUCGUCACAGUUCCAGGCGCAGUCAGUAGAAUUAAUGGAGAUGAAAGCACAGCAGUCACAGUUGUCAACACAAGUGUCCUUACAAAUAACACAGCUGUUAUCACAGAUAUCAGCUCAAGUGUCAGCACAGUUGAAAGAACAGGACGCCCGUAUAUCACAGGUAACUUCCCAAAUAGCAGAAGUGCCAACAAAGAUUUCAGAAGAGCAAGAUAAAGUUAAAGCUGAUGUGGAAGAAAUGAAAGAUCGUCUCCGUGACCUGCAACUAAACCGACCAAUGGUGCCAACAGGACUUGUCAAAGUAUACACUCCAUCAUUUGACGGCACAACUCCGUUCCAGAUUUUCAAACUCCAAUUUGAAAAGACGGCAGAUACGAAUAAAUGGAAUGCGGAAGACAAAGUUGCCCAAUUGUUCGUGGCUUUAAAAGGGGCUGCUGCGGAAAUUCUACAAACUAUACCCAAUUGCGAGUCAAGCAGUUACGAAGCGUUGAUGGCUGCUGUAGAAAGACGGUAUGGAAGUGAGCACCGGAGACAAAUUUUCCAAAUCGAACUGCAAAAUCGUAAACAAAAAGCUAGUGAGUAUCUGCAAGAAUUUGCUACGGAAGUGGAAAGGUUAGCUCACUUGGCUUAUGCGCAUAAGUCCGCAGAAUAUAUAGAGGAUAUAAAAAUCCACAGUUUCGUUAAUGGUAUACGAGACGAGAAUACGCGCUAUUCUGCACUAGCAUGCCCAAAAUUGACAUUUGCAGAAACAGUCUCCUUUGCUCUAACGCACGAAACUGCCUCUUUACUUAGUAACAGAACAUUUAAAGCUCAUCGUGUAGAAAUAGAAGAGCCUGCCUGGACGAAGAAAUUUUUGGAAGAAAUGCAUAAAAUGUUGGAGAAAUCUGGAGAAACACGUAAGAAAAAUGAUGGUGUGGUUAAAUGCUUCAACUGCGGGAAAGGCGGCCAUAUUGCACGUAAUUGCAAUAUGGAAUCGAAUCGACCCAAUUAUUUAUCCCGACGGAAACGCAAAGCUGAAGAAGACCAACCAACUCUGAAAAGCACCCAAUCGUUAAACUAA